AAAUGUCUAACGGAAUAAUGUUGCGAAAGAAGAAAACAACUGCGGAUAAAUCUGGGAAUAUGAACGAAAACGAGGCGGCAGCAGCAAUUCAGGCCUGGUUCCAGGGAAAUGUUUCAAGGAUGGAAAAUGAAAAAGAAGAAGUCCUCUCUGUCAUGCAAACUGGAGAAACUGGAGCUGCAGGAUUUAACAGUAGUAAGAGAAUGUCUCGUCGUAAGACUGUUAGAAUGAACAAUCUUGUUCCUGAUUCUAAACAACUCAUGAAGACGGAUGCAGGAAAUCAAGAAUUUUUUGUUGAAGGCAAAUGGAAGGCCUAUCUCAAGGGGAUAGUUGACAUUCAAGGAAGAAUGUCAGGGCCAUUCACUCUACUGAUAAACUAUAACAACAGAAACCCAGCUUUUGACAACGAUUAUACGAAGUAUCCCUCGUACUGUGCUCUACACGUGGAUAAAGGAAGAGCUUGGUUUUCGGUCAAACUUGAUGGCAAGGAAAAGGAUCUGAGUGAUCUAACUGAUGUAGUUGUGAGCAACAUGGAUUUAGGUCUCGAUGAUUACACUAUACAGACAUACUGGCUCAGUUAUGAUAGAGAUAAUUUAACCCUGAAGUAUGGGAAAGGAUACGCUAUGGUAGAAACCACUCUUCUCAUCUGUGAUUUAUCUGAAGGGGCAAAUACUGCUGAGAAAUUAGCUAAGAAGCGUAAGCAGUGGAACACUAUGUUUGGAAUCUAUGACGAGAAGAGAGGAAAUGAUUUAAGUAUACUCCUGUACAGGGCAAAGGGAGAUAAUCUACUCAAUACUAAAAAAGUUCUCAAAGGUGAGGUUGCCGGAUACAUCAACAUGGAGAGUGUUAUGGAAGUUAGGAAGGAACCUCUCACUGCUAACCCUUCACCCUUCGUCCUGGAUUCAGAGAGAGCUACCUUAAACAUUAUUGAUAAAGGUCUUUACAUCUUUUCUUCUGAACUUCCAGUUGCAUGCAAGGUGCUGUAUGAUACUAUAAAGAAGUGUGAUAUAGAUCUAGAGUUUGAAAUGGGAACUAUGGAUGUAAAGAUGAGUGAUGCUAUCAGAUUUAGUAUAAAUACUGAGGGAGCCCUGUUGAACAAGAUUUUAAAGAAGAAACCCUAUCUACGAAUAACUAUGGGAAGGGGAAUGGGAGAAUCCCCUGGUAUUCCCUAUGUUCUAGAAAUCUGGCCAAAAGGUUCCAGAAGCCCGAUUCAUAACCAUGGAGCUGUUUGUGCCGUUAUCAAGGUUCUUUUUGGCACAAUACAGUCAGGAAUCUAUAAUAAGGUAACAAGUUCUGUUUUGGAUACAAAAGGAAACUUUAAACCAGCGGAACUUUUCAAAUUCAACGCAUUUAAAAACGAAGUCACCUGGAUGAGUCCUGAAUGGUAUCAAACUCAUCAACUCAGAAACGUUUCUGACGACUACUGCGCAACUGUGCAGUGCUACAGAUAUGAUGACAAAGACGACAUUCAAUGGAACCAAUUUGAUUUUGUCAAGGACGAGAACGGCGAGGUGGGAAAUUUCUUCCCUAACACCGACUUGACCUUCGGGGAGAUGCGGGACAAGGUCAUGAAGGAGUGGGAGAAUAGAAUGGGACUCUAGUCAAGAAAG